AUGGUGUUUUAUUUUACUCUCGCUUCCGACCCCUCAGUUUUCUGCUACAUGGGCCGUGACAAGUACGAGAACGAGGAGCUUAUCAAGUAUGGGUGGCCAGAGGACAUCUGGUUCCAUGUAGACAACCACAGCAGUGCGCAUGUAUACGUGCGCAUGCCGAAGGGGAAGGGCAUGGAUGAUUUAACACCGGAGAUGAUUGAGGAGUGUUGCCAGCUUACCAAAGCCAACAGUAUCGAGGGAUGUAAGCUGAAUCACGUCCGUGUAGUGUACACACCAUGGAGUAACCUACUGAAGACGAAGGGGAUGGAUGCUGGGCAGGUGGGAUUUCAUGUGGAAUCCCAACGCCGUUACCACACAGUCGAAAAGAAAAAUAACGCGCUGCUUAACAAGUUGGAGAAGACAAAAAUCACAAAGGAAAAUGUGGAUUUUAAGGCGUUGAGAGAGGAGCGGGACGCGGAAGAACGACGAACAGAACGCAAGGCUCUCUUAGAAAAGCAACAGCGCGAAAAGGAAGAGAUGGAGGCGAGGAAAAAGGCGGCGGACCUGAAGUCAUACGUAUCUCUUAUGGACGAAACGAAGAUGCACACAAAUCAAGAGGGGGUCCCGGAUGAAGAUGACUUCAUGUAA